AUGUUCGUGCUGUGCCCAGUACUGGCUCUCUUUGUACCAAUUUCCUCUGCAGAGGACUUCGAAACUCCAUUAGACGAUAAAGAAACGUUCGAGACACUCAACAGUAUGUACACCAAUGACCUGGUUUGGAGUGAUGAAUGGGCCAAGAAGGCACUGGAUUGGGCAAAGUCUCCAGAGUACAGUGAAAAUGUAGAUCCUGAUUUGGUUGUUGCAGGAAGGGGCUUGAUUGUCAAUGCGAGUGACAAGCCAGUAUGGCAAAAAAUACUCGACGUCUUAGAAGGCCAGUUUGAUGAAGCAGAAGCAGAGCUCGAAAGCCUUCCCCCAGGCACGGUGUACGGAUGCAGCGGCUAUAUGGGCACAAGAAAUACGAAAGAUGAUUACGUCACUGCUGUAUGUCUCUAUGCAAAACAGUAA